CGUUCUGAGUUGGACGAAAGUAGAAAAGACUACAAUUCCCACACUGCAAUGCAAACACAAGUUAAGAGUUUCACUUCCGCUUUAAUUGCCGUAAGGCGUUUCUGGCGAGAGUUACCGACUCAAAACUGCUCGGCAAAUAUUGAACGGUUUAUCUGGAUCUGCUGCCGAAGACGGAGUGCAAGGACGAUGAUUGAUAUCAAAGCAUGGGCAGAAUAUGUGGUGGAGUGGGCAGCCAAAGACCCCUAUGGCUUUCUCACCACGGUUAUCCUGGCUUUGACUCCUCUGUUUAUCGCCAGUGCUCUGUUGUCAUGGAAACUUGCCAAGAUGAUCGAGGCCAAGGAUCGUGAGCAGAAGAAGAAACUAAAACGACAAGAGAAUAUCGCCAAAGCCAAGAGAGCCAAGAAGGAUUGAGCUUGUUAUGGAGAGGGGCCAAUAUAAUAGUCCUGAUACAUGGCUCUUCUCUUAACCCAGGACAGUGCGUAUGGGACCUGGAGCAAGACUGGGCUUGAAAUAGGCCUUAGUAAACCCUUAGAGGGAACAUAUAAUUGAGAGUUGAUUGAUCUCAAAGGCAGGACUGCAAUACUUUUCCAGGAUAUUAUCAAUACAGUGGAAAAUGCACUGCAUUGUUGUGCUAUACACCAUUGUGCAGUACUCUGCAUUCCAUUUUUUAUUGGGUUGAUCGUUUUUUUCCAAGUUGAAUCCACAAACACCUAAAUUAUGUUUUUUAUUAUUAAUAAUAAAAAAAAUCUUAACAUGGA